AUGUCCUACUUCGUGUCUCCACAAACUCAUCCAGGUCUUCUGCCUUCUGGCCAAGGUGGGGCUGCUUCUCCAGGCUCAUCCCUUGGCCACUACAGUCCUGUAGAGCCAGUGCUGGUGGCCUCUGGUGGACUAGGGCCACUGAGUCAGAAAGCUGAGCCGGCCUGGGGCCUGGCCCAGGCAAUGCCGGAAGCCAGGGGCUGCCCUGGGGGGGCUAGCUGGGAGACACUGCAGAGGAACGAGUACGGCCAAUACUGCCACAAAGUCCUGCACAGGAGGCAGCCGGAGAGCUUGGGCCGGGAGGAUGGCUGCUCCAGAAGCAGAGCUCCCCACCCCAGUGGCCCCAGCAGGCCAGGGCCCCUGCUACUGUGUGGGCUGUCACCAGGGGUUCUGCCGACGCCCUCUGAGGCCAGGGGGAAGGAGGCUGGCUCGCAGCCUGACAUCUGCAUCCUCACCCUGGCUAUGAUGAUUGCUGGCAUCCCCACGGUGCCCGUCCCAGGCCUGCGGGAAGAGGACCUAAUCCGGGCUGCUCAGGCUUUUAUGAUGGCCCAUCUGGAGCCAGAGGGAGCUGUGGAGGGGGCGCAGUGGGAGCAGGCGUAUGCCCACACAGCCUCCGGGCAGAUGCCCCUAGUGCGAUCCAGGAGGGGCCAGCCUGGCUCCUGCUUGUAGCUGGAUGAAAUAGCACCGGACACAU